AUGGUUUAUGAAAAAGUAUUGCAACCAAUUAAAGUGGACGAACCUUCUGAAGAUAGAAAAGAUAAAGCCAUGAAAUGUAGUCAGUUGUUUGGAUUAAAGGUGACCACACUCACUGACAGAACAAUUAAGAACAAAGAAGACAAAAUCCAGAAGCUUAGAGCAAAUAUUGAAAAACAGCAACAAAUGUUUCAUAAACAAAGAACACAACUUGAUAAUGUUGUGAAAGCUAGUUUUAUAGUUAGCUCAAAAUUGGCAAAGGCAUUAAAACCAUUUGCCGAAGGAGAAUUUAUCAAGGAGUGUAUGUUAGAAGUUUGCGGUGUUUUGUGUCCUGAAAAGAAAAAUGAAUUUGAAAAAAUUAGUUUGUUAAGACGAACUGUUCGACGUAUAGAAAUGAUGGCUAAUGAUAUAAAAACAACAUUGACUCACCGUAUGGCUGGUUUUGAAUCAUUUUCCAUAGCAUUAGCCGAGAGCACCGAUUUGUCUGACACAGCUCAACUGGCUAUAUUUAUUCGAGGUAUUGAUAAGGAGUUCACUGUUACUGAGGAAUUGCUAGCUUUACAGCCGCUAAAAGCAACCACUACAGAAGAGGAUAUUUUUAAUGAAGUUCAAAAGGUAUUAACAAGUUUUGGCCUGCCAUGGUCAAAAUUAAUUGGAGUAUGUACUGAUGGUGCACCUUCUAUGGUCGGCUUACGAAAAGGUUUCUUCGGAAUUUCGAAUGAAAAAACAACAGAAUUAAAUGUGCAAAUAGAUGAUUUGAUAGUCCUUCAUUGCAUUAUCCACCAUGUGGUAGUAAAAACCAUCAAUUUUAUUCGAUCCCGAGGGCUUAACCAUCGUCAGUUCAAGACGUUUUUGGAUGAAAUAUCAGCUGAAUAUAACGACGUAACAUAUUAUUGUGAAGUCAGAUGGAUGAGCAAAGGAAAAAUGUUGAAACGAUAUUUGAAAAGGAGCCAUAAAAGUGUUUUAAUAGAACGUGAUGAUAUUGUAAGGUGGAGACGACAAUACUUAACAUCUAUCAAACGUUACAGGUCAGAAGGUAGACCAAUUUAUUAUUUAGAUGAAACCUGGCUAAAUGAAGGUCACACAAAAGCAAAAGUUUGGAUAGAUACAAAUAUCAAAAAUAAAACCCAAGCUAUUAACGAAGGAUUAUCUACAGGUCUUAAAAGCCCAUCAGGAAAAGGUAAACGUCUCAUAAUUCUUCAUGCUGGAUGUGAACAAGGAUUUGUUAAUGACGCAUUACUCGUUUUCGAAAGUUCAAGUAAUACAUCAGUAUGUAGAGUCCUUAAAGAACACAAGGAAAACAUUCUGACGGAACCUAAAGAAUAUUCUAGACCCAAGCCCAUAUUGGAUAAUAUAAAUGACGAACAGAAGGCGGCGAUUAGAAGAAUCGUACAUUCCUUUUUCUUAAUGAACGAAUUGCCAACUGUCCAAAAAAUAAUGAUGGCUAUUGAACAGCAUGAAGAUUUGCCGAAAUUAAAGAAAACAACCCUGAAAACUUUACUCCACUCGCUUAAUUUCUGUGGAAUUUUAUUGAAACAGGCAUUAGACAUUGCUUAUGAUGAGUCUGUUAGCUAA